AUGGACGAUUUCCGGUUUUGCCUCGCCAUUGAGUUGGGCCAUCUCUGGGAAAACGCACCGCCAACCUUACCAAGUGUCCUUCCUGGUUGGGAGCCUCAAGUCCGCCCCGGACUCGCCAGGGUACAGUCCAACGAGGGCAUGCUGGGGUAUAUCCGUACUAUGUACCUGGGCAUUCAAAGUCGGCGGCAGAAGGAACACCAGCGCCGCUUCUACUGGGCCAUGAUGUACGAAUAUGCAGACGUCAACAUGCUGCGCCUCCUGGAGACCUUCCUGGAGAGCGCCCCACAACUGGUGCUACAACUCUGCAUAAUGAUCCAAAAGAACCGGGCUGAGACACUACCGUGCAUGUCCUCAUUGGCCUCCCUGUUCUCCCUGGCCUGGAUGCUGGCGUCCUACCACAAGCUCCUGAGGGACUCGCGGGAUGACAAGAAAAGCAUGAGCUAUCGAGGCGCCCUGAUCCACAUCUUCUGGCGCUUGUUCACCAUCUCCUCCCGGGUGCUUUCCUUUGCCCUUUUUGCCUCUAUCUUCCAGCUCUAUUUCGGGAUUUUUGUGGUGAUCCACUGGUGCGCCAUGGCUUUCUGGAUCGUCCAUGGGGGCACUGACUUUUGCAUGUCUAAGUGGGAGGAGAUCCUCUUCAACAUGGUGGUGGGUAUCGUUUAUAUCUUCUGUUGGUUCAACGUCAAGGAAGGUAGGACCCGAUAUCGCAUGGUGGCUUACUACCUACUGGUGCUCACCGAGAACGCCGCCUUGACGUUUCUAUGGUAUUUCUACAGGGACCCUGCUGCCACUGACUCUUACGCGGUGCUUGCCUUGUGCGGCGUGUUUCUCAGCUUUGCCACAGGGGUGGUCUUCAUGCUCGUCUACUAUGGAGUGCUCCAUCACAUGGGCCCCCGGGCAACGAUCCUGGCUAGCUCUUGCUGUGCUGAGCUUCUCUGGGGGUUGCCUUUGCCUCCCGAAGCUGAGCUCAUGGCUCCCACCCCAGGGCCUAGGGGAUCCCAGGCUACCCGAAGCAGAGGAGGUUCCACCGGGGAGCAGCAGGAGGAAGAAGAGGACCUGACAGCUGACACCUGCCUACCGGUUUUCCAGGUGAGACCAACGGUGCCAACCACCCCCAUGGGAAGGCCCUACCACCUCGAGGGUCCACUCAUCAAAAUCGACAUGCCAAGGAAGCGCUACCCAGCCUGGGACGCCCACUUUGUGGACCGUAGGUUGAGGAGGACUAUCAACAUCCUUCAGUACAUCACUCCCGCAGCAGUAGGGAUCAGGUACAGAGACGGACCCUUGCUCUAUGAGCUUCUUCAGUACGAGUCUUCGCUUUGA